AGUCUGUUUUGGUCCAAUGGGCGUAAAGGGGUCGGAGUGAGCACUUACAAAGUUGUUGUCAGCGAACUAAGAUGAUACGAGUAGCCUGUUUACGACUUGAGCAGUCUUAAAGUUUAGAUUCUGUCACAAUGCGCUUUGUAGAAGUAAUAGUAAUGACUUUAUUUGUCUCUUUGAUUACGGUAGCGAAGAUUUAAAAAUAUAGAGACAAAAUGCAGGAUAUAGCGACAAAAUAACAGUUGUUAAAACACGCUUACAGUUUAAAACAUUUUUACAUUUAGUUGAAAGAAAAUAAGCGUGGUCGCUAUAUACACCUAAAGGCAUUUGAUAAAGUCUAAACCGAGAACAGAAUACUUUUAUUAGCAUGAUAUAUUAAUAUAUUGUAUUAGCGAAUCAUGAACGAAACGCGGGGAAUUCUUAUGAACUUGGAACGAAGGUUUCGAACGUUUUCUCAGCAACAAUUUAUAUUCGUGAUUGCCCUUGAUCGCUGCAGGAAAAAUUCAUUUGAACCAACUCGCAAAAUCAGUACAAUUGCACAGGUUUACAACUACUGCGAACAUGUGGCUGACAACGCCACAGAUAAAAGGAUAUUUAACAUUUUCUUGUCGCUCGUUCGCGAUCUGGGAGAAUUUCGAAGAUCGUUGAUGAAGUUAUCCAAACAUUCAAGCGAUCCAACUCUGGUUCGGAUUUUCGGGCAAUGGAAGCGACUACUGGAGAGCCGACAGGAUAUAUCUGCCGUCCGCGUCAAGUUUCCAUUCAGUCAUGUCAACCAUUUGAGUUGUGACGAAGCCCGAAAUCACUUCGGUGGUGUGGUUAGUGUGUUACCAGUUGCAAUGGGCUACGCUCGUGAUGCGGUUGAACGAAUUGAAGUCAUAAGAGCGUAUCGAAAGUUCGCUAGAACAGCAAGGGCCCAGUAUCUCCGAGAUAGAGCUAAAGAAAUUGAUCAAGCGCCGAAAGAAUGCUCUGACUCGUCCAGAAUGGAAACCAUAGUUUUUUUGUAUAGUAUAUAGUAGCCUACACAGUUUCAGAAAAUAUAUGAACUUCUAUAUGAGCAGUAAAUGUAACAUUAAGUAAAUCUAUACGACACUAAUUCUUA